GGAGAGAGAGAGUGACAGACAGACAGUGGAGGAGGAGGAGGAAGAUCUUCAUCAUAAGCGUGAAGAGGAAGAGAAGGGCAAACAGUUCAAAGAUCUCCGACGCUUCCUCUGUUAGUCACAGGGUCACGUGGGGUCUUCAUGGACUGACAGAUUCUACAUUUAUACAGGCCAGGAACCUCCACCUCAGACCGACCCCGUCCUGUUCGUCUCAGUCCCCCUCGGUCUUCUUCGACUCUCCUCCGUCCUCAACAAUGACUUCCUCUCCUCACGGCUCCAGGGCCUCUAUGGACAUCCUGGAUGAGCUGCAGCUGAUCGCGGCUCAGAACCUGGAGAAACUGGACCUGAACAAAUACUAUGAGGUGGUCUGUGAGCUUGGCAAGGGCACAUACGGGAAGGUGGAUCUGGUUGUACACAAGAUCAGAGGCACUAAAAUGGCCCUGAAAUUUCUGAGGAAGAAGACGACAAAGCUGAAGAGCUUUCUUCGGGAGUACAGCGUGUCGCUCUACCUGUCGCCUUGCCCCUUCAUCAUCAACAUGUUCGGCAUUGCCUUCGAGACCGACGAGUACUACAUCUUCGCUCAGGAGUAUGCCCUCGCUGGGGACCUGUUCGACAUCAUCCCGCCUCAGGUGGGACUCCCGGAGAUGGUGGCAAAGCGUUGCGUCCACCAGGUGGCAAUCGCCCUGGACUACCUGCACAGUAAGAAGCUGGUCCACCGAGACAUCAAACCUGAGAACAUCCUCAUUUUUGACAAAGAGUGCAGGAAGGUGAAGCUGUCCGACUUUGGGAUGACCCGACAGGCAGGCUCUCCGGUGAAGCGUGUCAGCGGCACGAUACCGUACACAGCGCCCGAGCUGUGUGACACAUCCCGGCAUGAGGGUUUCUUCGUGGACUUCAGCACAGACGUGUGGGCGUUCGGGGUGCUGCUUUUCUGCAUGCUUACUGGAAACUUCCCCUGGGAGAAGGCCAUGCCCGGAGAUAACUUCUUCGAGGAGUUUGUUCGCUGGCAGCGCCGCCGGACUGCCAUGGUGCCGUCACAGUGGCGCCGUUUCACAGAUGAUUCUCUGCGGAUGUUCCGGCGGCUCCUCUCUGUGGAGCAGGAGCGCCGCUGCUCAGUCAAAGAGGUCUUCAACUUCUUGGGCCACAUCUGGAUGGUGGACACGGAGAAUGGGAACGGCGGCAGCUACAUUUUGGCAUCCAACGCUCCUCUGGACAUUAGCUCAUCUUCAUCAGAGGAGGAUGUAUUGGUGGACAGACUGAAGCAGCAUAGUCUGUCCCCUGCAUAUGUUGCAUCAAAGAGCAGCAUCAUGAUGGACACUCACUAUUCUGCCAUGUCCACCAACAGCUCUCCGUCUUCGUCUGGCAGCUACGAGCGUGUCAACAGAGAAAACAAUGAACGAGGACGCAUUCUGGUGACCACGCCCAUCGAGAUCUGUGUGUAGCGGAGCUGAUUAGAUCUGAGGAACAACAACAUGUUAGCAUUAAAGAAAGUCAACUCCACAUGAGAGGCUGACGGAGGAGAAGAUUUCUCUGUAAAAAAAAAAGGAGAAACAUGGAGGAGCAGAGGUGGCCUCUGGUGUUCAGGGCCCGCUGUCCGACGUCACAGCUUCACUUUGGAUCGACUCGUCUCUGAUGAAGAAGAGCUCUGAGGAGACGAGCAAAGAGACAAUCAGGAGACGAUCUGGUUUAGACUGCAGCACAGUCUGAAGUUCUACUUUCAGCUCUUAAGUUGUACCUCAGUUUGAAAAACUUGAAUUCUGUGGGAGAACCUGAAAACACAAAAAGCAAAAAAACCUUCAGAAUCAGAAGCAAUAUGAUGAAAUGUUUGAAAUGAUCCAGUUUCUGUAAAAUAAAGAGUGAAGAAGAAGAAGAAAACUUUUUUUCAGUAAAGUUGAUUUAUGUGACUGAUGGGUCUGUUGUGUAUUUAAUGUCGUGAAUCAUUUUCAUGUUUGUAGAUUUGUGUCUGUAAAGUUUGUACUUCAAUCUUUCUUUAAAGUUUUUAUUUUAAUUGAAUUUAAAUUAUUCAAUGUCAGGUGUGAAAAUUUAUGAUUUCUGUCACCAGAGGACAGAAGCAUUUUUGUUUCUGUCUGUGAAGUUAAAAUUUAUUUAACUUUCUGUUCAAACAGGUGAUGUUUGGCUUAUCUCAUUUAAUAUUAAUCCUCCAUUUGUUGUUAAUCUUCACAACAGACGUUGAUGGACUGUUCUCUUCUCUUGGGUGUGUUUUCCAUGCUGAAACGUAGCAAACACGCAGCUGGCGAACACUCCCCACAUCCAGCAGUGUUAAGAUGUGAAUAUUUUCUGCAGACCUCACAGGAAACUGAAGCUUGAUGAGACCAAGACUGAGUACAGCUGCAGCACAAUAACUUCAAGGCUUCAUGAUGUGGCACAAAUGGAAAGUACAAAAAUAUUAUGAACAAUAUUUGUAAACUGCAUGGUAAGUUACUUAAAAUCAAAACUGCACCAUUUAUUAAAUAGUUUGGAUAUAUUUAGACUUCAAAUAAAAAAACAGGAAACAUAUGGGAUACUAUGCGUAACAUUAUUCUGAUACAGUAAUCAUAUUCCCAGUGUCCUGGGUGAUACAACCUGCUCUACCAAUCUUUUUGUUCCACUUCUUUUUUUUUAAUUUACUUUUUUUUUCUUAAAUAACAAGAACAAGCAAUCCUGAAAUGUCAGACAAAAUGGGGGAAUGUACAAAGAUGCAAAAUGCUUUUGUGAUUUGGGAAAAAUAUGUUGAGAAGUGGCUUUGUUUUGUGAUUUUUCUGAAGUGUUGCAUGAAAUAAAGUGUAUGUGGUGAACAUUUGCUAAUAAAACCCCCCAGAGAAAUA